AUGUGCUCGCCACUCUUCUCUCAGGUCCCUAUCCAGGCGACAAGUCCAACACUCAACUCGCACACUCCAAAGAUGAACAUUCUCUUCCUAUGCACUGCACACAACUCGCUGUCUCAGCAGCUCUACCUUCAUCUCUGCCAGUUACAUACUGUCACUAUUGAAUAUGCGCUGUCUGACAAGGUCAUGAUCGAGGCUGCAAGCCUCGUGCGACCUGACAUCAUCAUCUGUCCAUUCCUCACCUCGCCUGUCCCAAGCGAGGUCUUCAACAACUACCUAACUCUUAUUGUCCAUCCAGGACCUCCUGGAGAUGCUGGUCCCAGUGCACUUGAUUGGGUACUGAUGGGAGAUGAUGGUACGGUAUCAGACUCUGCAGAACUUCUCAAGUCUCAAUCAUGGAACGAAACCGGUCGCUCCCACUGGGGCGUCACAGUUCUACAAGCUGUCGCUGAGAUGGAUGCUGGUCCUGUCUGGGCAUUUGAGCAAUUCGAGAUCGACAUCAAUGAUCCCGAAACGACAAAAGCGACACUUUAUCGUGGUUCCGUCACACGGGCCGCAAUCACUGCCACAUUUUCUGCUAUAGACCGCAUCAUCUCGACAACCAAGCAACAGCCCCUGUCGCAUACAUCCGAAGUCCACGGUAUCUCGGUGAAUCUCCAGUCAAACCCAUCUUAUAAGAUGCUAUCCGUCAGACAACAAAAGCCUUUCCUUGGUGGAGUAACACAUUGUCGCCCACUCCUCAGAGCAGCAGAACGAAACUUUGACAUCCAAACCGAUUCAGCAGAGGCCAUUUCCCGGAAGAUCAGAUCAUCUGACUCACAACCUGGCUGUCUCACCAAACUGUUCGGAAGUGUCAAUCUUUAUGUGUACGGGGGUAUUGUUGAGGCUGGAAGGAAUGUGGACUGUAAACGUCAACCUGGAGAGAUCAUCGGGUCCAGAAGCGGCGCAGUUUGUGUGGCUACAUGCGAUGGCAUGGCCAUUUGGAUCACCCAUAUCAGGAGAGUGAAGCGCAAGGUCGACUCGAUGCUUUGGCCCAAAGUACCUGCUGUCACAGGCUUGCUCGAACUUGGCCUUGUUAGUCAGAGCACCAUGGAUGACUCGACAUCACUGCAAGCACCUAACGGCUGGUAUAAAGCCUCUCACUCUACCUUCCAAGACGUCUGGGUUGAUUUCGCACCCUCGUCAAGCGAGAAACGCGUCGCAUUUGUCUAUUUUGAGUUCUACAAUGGGGCGAUGAGUACCUCUCAAUGCUCGCGACUCAUCGAAGCUCUUCAGUUUGUCGCUUCGGAUGAGUCUCUUGAAUCUGUCGUCCUUAUGGGUGGCAACUCUUACUUCAGCAACGGCAUUGCCCUCAACGUCAUUGAGGCUAGUUGCGAUCCCUCCACAGAGUCAUGGCAAAACAUUAAUCGCAUAGAUGAUGUUGUGCACAUGCUUCUCGAGGUGUUCCCGCAGAAAAAUGUCACAACCAUCGCCGCAAUGAGGGGAAACUGUGCGGCGGGCGGCGUGGCUUUGGCAACAGCUUGCGAUGUGGUCAUAGCAAGCUCCGAGUCUGUUCUCAAUCCCGCGUACCGAGCUCUUGGCCUUUAUGGGUCGGAAUACCAUUCGCUAUCUUACACCGGACGCUGCGGACCAGAAAUAGCGCGGUGUAUUCUUCGCGAGAUGCUACCAAUCUCAGCUAACCAAGCCAAAGAAAUCGGCCUUAUCGACCAUGUGCUCCCAGGCUCGGGACCCAGUCUGGAUAUCAGAGUCAGGGGGCUUGUAGAGUCUCUGACCUGUGCUCCUUACAAGCCCAGCAUCUGGAAAUCUCGCGUCGACGUCAGUCCUUCAGGGCUGGCGACAGCAAGGUCCCAUGAACUUGGUGAGAUGGCUAAAGACUUUUGGAGUGCAAGGUCGGAGAGAUACACCUUGCGCCGACGAGACUUUGUUCGCAAGAUCAAACCAACAAAAACACCACUGCGUUUUGCCACCCAUAGGAGACGCGAGGGGGAAGUUGACGAAGAGGAGGCUGAUGCUUUUGAUGAUGUGGCAAGGUACGUGGCAAUGCCUCUACGAACGAUCAGAGAAGAAAAGCCCCAAGUAAAGCAAGCGUCUCUCGUUGCGCGUAACGAGGAGGCCAAGCCUCAUAACGGAGGCGUAGUCACCAUAUCGGAAUUCCUUGGUGAGACAAGAAGUGCGCAGGACGGAAAGGCUAUGUUAUUUCCUUGUUACUAUGGAGUUGAUACCCCUGUUUGUACUUGA